AUGUCGCUGCCGCGGCUGGAGAAGCCGAUCAAGCAGGCCUUCUACAACACCGGGGCGCUGCUGUUCGCGGGGCUGUGCUGCGGCGCCGCCGUGCUCGUGUACUUCAUCCUGGAGGCGUUCUUGCGGCCGCUGCUCUGGGCCGUGCUCUGCGGCACCUUCCUGCACCCCUUCAAGACCUCGCUGACGGCGCUGGGGCGGCGCUGGCUCGGCCGCCUGCACCGCUCCCGCACCCCGGUGCUGCUGGCCGCCCUCCUCCUGCCCAUCUGCUUCGCCAACUACGGCGUGGAGGCGCUGGGCGAGCAGGUGCUGCGGCGGCGGCGGCUCCUGCUGCUGCUGGGCGCCGGGGGGCCGCUGCUCUACGGGCUCUACUGCCUGGGCAGCUCCCUGGGCGUGCAGGUGCUGCUGGCACAGGCCGCCCGCAUCAUCUGCCAGGGGCUCGACUACUUCAGCAGCCAGUGGAUAUGGACAUUGGUAGUUGGUUACCUCCUCAUGGUUUCAUUCAAGUGGAAUGUCAGCACUGAACGUUACUUAAAAGCAGUCUCUGUUCCUGUCUGGAUUAUGCUGCUCUUUCACUUAGCUUCUGUGGCAGGUUCCUGGAGAAUUCCUGUGUUUCUGGUUAUAGUUGUUCUGAUGACAGUAGGCAUGUUGCAUGAACAGCAGAAUGGAAAGGAGUCUUCUGGGGCUGAGCUUCCUGGUCAGAUGAUUUCCAUUGCUGCUUCAACAAUUGCCAUGGCAAUUUCAAUGACAGAAGAUGAGUCCAAUAAUGAACAUUCCUCCCAACCCUCAGGAGCAACAGCAGAAGGUGAUCAGCCUCCACCUCCUCGAGCUUCAUCAUCUUUCAGCACCUCCUCUUCAUCAUCUGGGAACAGACAAAGACCUGAGAUUGGAUCUUUUCUUAGAAAAAAGAAAACUAGUGACAUUUACUUUGUUACUCUUGUGUGGGCCAUUGUCAUUGUUCAGAUCUGGCUAAAUUUUUGGAUUGUGCAGCUAUUGCCAGUGCCUUUUGCAGUUUGGGCACUUAAAAAAUUCGUGGUUCAUUUUGGAGUUUUGAACUUCAUGGCAAACCACUGCAAAAGUUGGUGGCAACUCAUUGAAAAUUUUGUGAAAGAACGUCAAGAAGCUCUUGCUCCACGGCCCAUCAGAGGACUUGGAAGUGUUAUGCUAAAGCUUGACAGUAAGCUGUGGCACUGGCUUAAUAAGAAGAUUAUCGUGUGGUUGGAGAAAAUGCUAGAUAAAAUAAUCAGCAUUUUCAUAAUAUUUUUGCUGGUGAUUGGAACCCUUCUGCUAGCUCUUCUCCUUACUGCAAAGGUACAUCAAGAGAGUGUUCACAUGAUUCAAGUCACAAGCAGCUUGAUCAAUGAGACAGUAGCCAGUCACCCAGAAUGGGCAAACUGGCUCCCAGAAGCCCAGGUCAUUCAGAAAGCACUCAAUUCUGCAGCUAACAAUGUAUACCAGUAUGGCCGAGAAUGGAUCACACACAAGCUCCAUAAGAUUUUAGGAGAAAAAGUAAAUAACACUGCUGUGAUUGAAAAACAAGUGCUGGAGCUCUGGGACAGGCUUUAUCACUCUUGGUUUGUGAAGAAUGUAACACAUUCUGGAAGACACAAGGGGCAUAAAUGGCACAUAAAUCGUCAAAACAGCUGGCUUGGAGAUAUUCUGGACUGGCAAGAUGUGGCAUCGUUUGUUCACGAUAACAUCGAAACAUUUCUCUCGAUCCUGGAGUCUCUGUGGAUAGUGAUGAGUCGCAAUGUGAGCCUCUUGUUUACUACAGUUACAGCAUUAGUGACAAUCCUCUUCCACAGUGGGACAGCUCUUCUCAAUUUUGUGCUUUCAGUGGUGAUUUUUCUGACCACGCUGUUCUACCUGUUGAGCUCCAGUGAUGAGUAUUACAAGCCAGUAAAAUGGGUGAUAAGCCUGACACCUUUGUCUCAGCCAGGUCCGUCCUCAAAUAUAGUUGGCCAAUCUGUGGAGGAAGCAAUAAGAGGUGUGUUUGAUGCUUCCCUCAAAAUGGCUGGGUUCUAUGGACUCUACACUUGGCUGACUCACACUAUAUUUGGGAUUAACAUAGUCUUCAUACCAUCUGCACUAGCAGCAAUCCUUGGAGCAGUGCCAUUUCUGGGGACAUACUGGGCAGCAGUCCCUGCAGUCCUAGAUUUGUGGCUUGUGCAAGGACAGGGAUGCAAAGCCCUUUUGCUCCUGGUUUUUCACCUCUUGCCAACCUAUUUUGUAGAUACAGCAAUUUAUUCAGAUAUAUCAGGAGGUGGUCACCCUUACCUGACAGGCCUUGCAGUAGCUGGUGGAGCAUAUUACCUGGGACUGGAAGGGGCCAUCAUAGGACCAAUUCUACUUUGUAUACUUGUGGUUGCUUCCAAUAUAUAUAGUGCCAUGUUGGUGAGUCCAACAAAUUCUGUGCCCACUCCAUCACAACCAACGUGGCCAUUACAGAUUUACCGGUCACCUAGAGAGAGUCCUGAGGAGAUGAAAAUGUCUGCAGAGUGAUGGAGAUGCUGGGCUGCACCUCUGCGACUUGAGGGAAUCUCUGUCUUCUGUCUUGGGUUCACAACAGCCAUGGCCUUCUGUCCGUUCCCAGCUGUGCCUGGGGCAGUUCACAGGGGAGCAUAGAUUGGGUUUUAGGCGAAAGCACUAGAACAUCUGCUGGCCUUACAUUAUUUUGUAUGCAAAAUACACUUUGCCUCUUUGAGAGAGAAUGUCUACUUCCCAUGGCUUUGCAUACCAUCACACAGUAAGCUGCCUUGUUGAAGACUUUGAAGACCUGUCUUAUCAAAAGAAUAGUUAAGAGGACAGGUACAUCCACUGGAGUAAUUACCUUAUCUGCUGAAAUUACUAACUUGGCUUUUAUUUAUUGGGUUAUUUGUCUUAUUAAACUGUAGUAGCUUUAAAGAAAGCUGUAAUUCCAAAAUAUUUAUUUUUUAGAUAAUUUGGUGGCAAAAGAAGGGCAAACCACUCAUUGUGAAAUGAAAGUACAAUGUAAUAGUUUGUUCCUCCUCAAGGUGUUUCUUUUAUAACUGCAAGCGUCAUCUGUAACUCAUAAUAACACUUAAAUGUUCUCUUACACGCACUGAAAUUUAAUGUUGUUGGAGACUGAUAUUUUUGAUACCUUCCUGAUAUUAAUAGAAAUGCAAACUCUUAAAUGUGGGUUUUUCUCUUACUGACAUAGGAGGGCUUGUUUAAGUAGUUUAAAUCUUGCCUCCCUUUUGCACCAAAACCUGAUAGUAUUUUGCUGUUUAUCCACCCUCCCAGUGGAGUCAUCUUGUCAACUAAAUUUAAUCAAAGGCCUUAAGUGUUUUCAGACAGUAGUAAUGUAGGCUGAUGGCAUCUCCUUCCAGUAAUUGGAAGAGGUUUAAUGGGGGUUGUUUAAUGUUGGUUUCCAGAUGCUGUGGCUGAGUUCAAUUCACUUUUUCAACAAAUUUUACUACCUGGAAGAAAGGGGAGAGAGCAUGGAUUUUGGUUUAGUUUAGUUGGAGUUUUUUAACCUUGUAAGCAUCUAGCCAAAUGUCUUACUGAUAUAUAGGAUAUAUCUUAAUAUAUUAAAGUAUGUCUUAUUAAUAAACAAAGAUCCUAAAUUUCUGAAAUUAUGUAUUGCCUAGGUCACAGCAGCAGAUCCUCUAGUGUUUUUCUUCCAUAUGUAAUUUUUCUUAAAAUGCAGCUUUGGUGACUGACAUUUAAGGCCUUUUGUAUUGAUUGUCAAAACAUUUUGACACAAUGGAUCUUUAUAAAUGGAUCCUUUUGUAAAAGGGAAGUGGGUUUUUUGGUAAAUAUUUCAUACUUGCACAGCUUUUCCACAAAUCCAGUGAGGCCCUAGGUACAAAGUAGCAGAUGAACUUGCUUAACCAAAGAACCACCAUUCAGUUUCCGGUAACUCGAAUUGAUUUCAGAGUUUGAUUGAUAAUGAGUUGUACAAAAUACAGGCAUGUCUUCUAUUUCUUGUUGACAUUAAUUCGAUGCUUGAAACAAAGGGAUCUUGUCCAGGGAUAAGGAUAUCUAAGAUGAGUGCACAAACAGCUUGCAAUAACUGAGAUGUAUAUUUUACUCAACUUCUCGGAGUGCUGAGAGAUUUGGAAGGUUCUUUCCAUGAUAUUGUAUGUAUUUUUACAUUGUUUUGAAAAAUACAUUGCCAUGUAAAGUGAUUGGAAAGUACUCUGAUAACUGAGUAAAGAAGAAAGUCCUGCUAUAGGUUCAUAAUAAACAGAUUGCCUUACAAGACACAGAUUCUCGAAAUAAGCUAUUGCAGUCUCACUGAUGAAAUUGUCUGUUUUAAGUGAGAGGGGUUGAGUAUGACUGUUUGUGCACACUUGCAGGUAUGUGCUUGAGAGACAGACUUGGGCUUAAUUUAGUAGGUUGACUCAGGUUUAUCAAAAUACGGAAACAUCCCACUUAAUAUUUUAAAUUCUGAAAGAUCUACACAUCACAUUAACUAACUGAGUAAGAAGAAUGUGUUGCUUGAAUCAAAUAUCUGUCUUACCUCCUUGGUUUUGUGGCUUAUGAGAAAGUUUAAAUGAAAUAACAUUUUUAUAAUUGUUGCUGGCUAGGGUGGAGGAUGUGGGAAAAUCUGAGGCUUUCCUAAGAUACUCCUGCAACUUUCUAACCAGUGGGAAUGAGACCACCAUGAUAUUUAGGCAACUUCUUUCUUGUAUUACUUUUUUUUUUUUAGUUCACAGUUUUGCACUGAAUUGUUAUGUUCUUGUUGUAGCUUCUUGUUGCAGCAUUUAAAGCACCUCUUUGCUCACUGGUCAAGACACGUCAAGACACCUUUGCUAUCCCAUUUUCUGAGACAAUCUUUCACAGUCCUGUGGUACUCUACUUAGUAAUUUUAAAGACACAUUAAAAAACAUUAUUUUAUUUGGUUUUAA